AUGUGUGGAAAGGCAUUUGCACGGAAAUCACAUCUUCACUGUCACCAAAAACAGACUCGGGCGAGAAUCCAUUUAAUUGUUGUGUGUGGGAAGGCAUUUGCACGGGAAUCACAUCUUCACUAUCACCAAGAAACACACUGGGGUGAGAAGCCAUUCAAUUGCUGUGUAAACAUCCUGGUGGCCAUCAAGAUCCUGGUGUCACCAUCGAGCUCCAAGCAAGAAACAUACCAGAAGAUGGAGCUCCAGAUAGCUCUGGAACUUCAGGACGAGGGCAGUGAUGAAGAUUUCAACGUCAUCAAAGUCCUGAACAUAUUUCAUUUCAGAGGACACUACUGUAUCGUCAUGGAGCUGUUGAAGGAGAGCCUUCAUGAAGUGAUUAGGAAUGCGGGGCUCCGACGGUUGGACAUGGCGAUGGUGAAAACCUACACCAGGGGCAUCCUCAAGUUCUUGCGCCACAUACAUUCCAGGAAAAUCGUCCACGCGGACAUCAAGCCUGAAAAUGUUCUCGUCAAAGACACCGUGACUGGCACCGUGAGGAUCACGGACUUUGGCACGAGCUUUUUCGUGGAAAGUCAACCUAUGAAUGUUGGUGGCACCCUAGAAUACUUGGCUCCGGAGCUGUUGCUGGGCUAUAGCUUGACAUGUGGAGUGGAUAUGUGGGCGCUGGGCUGCACGGUGGCGGAGUUGGCGACGGGCAGGGAAUUAUUCCGGUCCAACAGCCACGAAGAUCACCUCCCGCGCUGCAUAGAGAUUCUGGGGAUGCCUCCAAGGUACAUGGUGAAUGGAGCACCCGACAGAACGCAGUUCUUUGACCAUCGGGGGAAGAUGUUCUGCCCAGGCAAGAAAAGGGUUCCGGGGAGCUUCCCACUUCACAGGGUGCUCAAAAGCGAUGACCCGGAGUUUGUCAAAUUCAUCAGCUCCUGUUUGCGAUGGGAUCCGAAUUGUCGUAUGACGCCAGCGCAGGCGCUGGCUCAUAACUGGCUCCGGACCGCGGCCACCAGCACCACCACGGCCAGCAAAGCCACCACCACCACCACCGCUGCUGCUCCUGGCAGUGUGAAGCGCUCUGGAGCUGCUAAGCGACGAGUGGAGCUGGCACAGCGCCCAACCUCCUUGCUCGCCCAGGCCUCUAAAGAGAAGUUGAAGGUUGUGGAGGAAGAGACCAUGGUGGAGGAGCUGGUGGUGCUGGAGGAAGAGGAGACUCUGGUAGAGGAGUUGGUGGUACUUGAGACGCUGGUGGAGGAGUUGGUGGUACAGCAGGAGACCCUCGUGGAGGAGUUGGUGGUACUUGAGGAGACCCUGGUGGAGGAGAUGGUGGUACAGGAGACCCUGGUGGAGGAGUUGGUGGUACAGGAGGAGACCCUGGUGGAGGAGUUGGUGGUACAGCAGGAGACCUUGGUGGAGGAGUUGGUGGUACAGGAGGACCCCCUGGUGGAGGAGUUGGUGGUACAGGAGACCCUGGUGGAGGAGUUGGUGGUACAGGAGGAGACGUUGGUGGAGGAGUUGGUGGUACAGCAGGAGACCCUGGUGGAGGAGUUGGUGGUACAGCAGGAGACCUUGGUGGAGGAGUUGAUGGUACAGGAGACCCUGGUGGAGGAGUUGGUGGUACAAGAGGAGACCCUGGUGGAAGAGUUGGUGGUACAGGAGGAGACCCUGGUGGAGGAGUUGGUGGUACAGGAGGAGACCUUGGUGGAGGAGUUGGUGGUACAGGAGGAGACCCUGGUGGAGGAGUUGGUUGUACAGAAGGAGACGCUGGUGGAGGAGUUGGUGGUACAGGAGACCCUGGUGGAGGAGUUGGUGGUACAGCAGGAAAAGAGGAAGCAAGGGAGCCUGGCCCGCAUAGGGAGAGCCAUCCGCUCACUCCUCCGACGUGUGCUGCUUUGUGGUGGCCGGUCCACUGCACAGUAGGGGUGGUGGAGGUGGUGGAUCAGUGUGAACCCUGAUCACUUUUACCACACUCACCACACUCACAACACUCACCCUGCACCCACCCACCCUGUAAUACCCUCCACCCACCACACUCACCCUGCACCCACCACACUCACCCUGCACCCACCACACUCACCCUGCACCCACCACACUCACCCUGCACCCACCACACUCACCCUGCACCCACCACACUCACCCUGCACCCACCACACUCACCCUGCACCCACCACACUCACCCUGUACCCACCACACUCACCCUGCACCCACCACACUCACCUUGCACCCACCACACUCACCCUGCACCCACCACACUCACCCUGCACCCACCACACUCACCCUGCACCCACCAGGUGGAGGUGGUGGAUCGGUGUGAACCAUGAUCACUUUUACCACACUCACCACACUCACAACACUCACCCUGCACCCACCCACCCUGGAAUACCCUCCACCCACCACCCACACCCUGCACCCACCACCCACACCCUGCACCCACCAUACACACCCUGCACCCACCCAGUCCGUGAUACCCCCACCCACCACUCACACCCUGCACCCACCACACACACCCUGCACCAACCACACACACCCUGCACCCACCCAACCUGUGAUACCCUCCACCCACCACCCACACCCUGCACCCACCCACCCUGUGAUACCCUCCACCCACCACCCACACCCUGCACCCACCCAGUCCGUGAUACCCCGCACCCACCACACUCACCCUGCACCCACCACACUCACCCUGCACCCACCACACUCACCCUGCACCCACCAC